GCAACCUGUUACAGCUCUCAUAAGUCUUUCUCAUCAGAUAAAGUUGCCCUUUUUGGUUCUUUAAUCAACACCAGUUGUAGAAGCUUCAACAAAUGGAGUCAAGCAAUUUAUAUGCUGAUCAAAGGGCAGACAAAAAAAUAAUAAUAAUAAGAUACACGGAAUGUCUGAAGAACCAUGCAGCUUCAAUUGGUGGCAAUGCAACUGAUGGUUGUGGCGAGUUCAUUGCUGAUGGAGAAGAAGGCACGCUUGAGGCUCUCAUAUGCUCGGCUUGCAACUGCCACAGAAACUUCCACAGAAAAGAGAUAGAGUCUUCUGAUUCCUAUAUCACUCCUCUGAUGAUUCUUCCUAACACUACUCAGAUAGGGCCUAUUUUGGCUCAGUUAUCUCCCCACAAAAGUGGUUCAAUUAGUCCUUCUGAUGUGUCUGAUGAGAAGGACUGUGAAAACGGGAUUAGAAAGGAGGUGGGAAAUAAUGCAACUGAAAAGGUGAAGAAAAGGUUUAGAACCAAGUUCACACAAGAGCAAAAAGAGAAGAUGUUUCUUUUUGCAGAAAGAGCAGGGUGGAGGAUACAGAAGCUAGAUGAAUCUGUGGUGCAAAACUUUUGCCAGGAGAUUGGAAUCAAAAGAAGAGUCCUCAAAGUGUGGAUUCACAAUAACAAAAACACUUUUGCCAAGAGAAAUCCCUUCACUAGCUAGCUUAGCAUGAUGCAACAUCUUUGUUUUGUCUCAUUAUUGUCAUUUGUUUGAAGAUUUCCCCCCAGUGUUUUACUAUAGAUCCUUCCUAAUUUUCUCCCCUUUUGUGCAGUGUUUUCGAAGAGGAAAUGCAACAUUCCAAUAUUAAUUUUAGAAUCACGUGUCGUUGAUCUCUCUUUGUUUAGUUUUGAGAGCAAGAUGGUUUAGAGUGUUUCAAACAAAAUCUACAGAUUUAGUUGUUUA